AUGAAGAAAAUAAUAUCAAAAAGAGAAAGAGAAGACAAUGGAAAUGAUGUUGUAUUAUAUCUAACAGAGAAAGCAGAGAUGGAAAAAGGAAUGAGGGGGAAAGUAUUUGAACUGAAAAAGGCAGAGCAAGAGGUAGAGAGAAGCAGACUAGAGAGCAAACUGAGCAGACUCAAAAUAAUUAUACUUGAACACCAAAGUAACCUGUUCAAAUCACUAAUAGAACAACAACAACAGAACCAGCAACAAUCACAAGCAAUACAAAUGAUGCUGCUGCAGCAGCAACAGCAACAAACUCAAGCAUUUAUGGCUAUGCUCGAAAAACUUACAAAGUAA